UUCUGUGACUUUCAAGUACACAGUGUUUCUCUCUCAGAGUUUCACAGCCAGUCAGUGAGAUUGUGACCAAAGCGUCAAGUUUCCUUCCUUUUUAUGUCAUAACCAUAUUAAUCAUUAAUCACUGUUGGUGCCAGAAGCUCUAAAGUAUUUGCAGAGUGACAGAGGGAUCAAAGCGAAGGCGUGGAGAAAUCGCGAGGGGGAAAUAGGGGCAGAGGGAGGGCGAGAGAGACAAGCAGAGAGAGGAGGAUGGAGAGCGUGUCAUUGGAUCAGUCGGCCAGCGUGGAGGAACUGGUGGAAGCCUGCAUCAAAGCCUUUGAUGAUGAAGGGGUCAUAAAGGACCAGUCUCUGGUGCGCAUGUUCCUCAUGAUGCAUCCCUGGUAUCUUUCCUCCACCGAACUAGCCAAGAAGCUCCUGCACCAGUCUCAGGAGGAGGAAUGCAGUGCCAGUCGCCAAUUGCAGAUUUGUUAUCUUGUCAAGUACUGGAUGCACGAGUUCCCGGCUGAGUUUGACCUGAGCCCGGAGCUGGCCGGGCUGGUGCGCUGUCUGAAGGAGCAGCUGGAGGAGAAGGACGUGAGACGCAGUGUCCUCUUGGACAUAGACAGCCUCCCAUCGUACGAAUGGAAGCGACAGCUGAAUUCGUUUGUACAGAAGAAGAGCAAGGCGUCUCUUCUCUUUGACCACCUGGAUGCCUCGACCCUGGCAGAGCACCUCACCUUCAUGGAGUACAAGUCCUUCUGCAAGAUCCUGUUCCAGGAUUAUCACAGUUUUGUGACGCAUGGCUGUACUGUGGAUAACCCCAUUCUGGAGCGAUUCAUCACCCUCUUCAACAGCGUGUCCCAGUGGAUUCAGAUAAUGGUGCUCAGUAAAGCCACAGCCCAGCAGAGAGCCACUGUCAUCACUGACUUCAUCAAACUGGCCCAGAAACUUCUAGAGCUGCAGAACUUCAACACUCUUAUGGCAGUUGUUGGGGGUCUGAGUAACAGCUCCAUCUCCAGACUCAAAGCUACACAGGCACUGAUUGGUAACGAUGCCCAGAAGCUGUUCAAUGGGCUGGCAGAGCUGGUCACGUCGUGCGGGAACUACAGCCAUUACCGGCAGCACUUCUCCGAGUGCAGCGGCUUUCGCUUCCCGAUUCUGGGCGUGCACCUGAAGGACCUGAUAGCUGUGCACGUGGCCCUGCCUGACUGGGCUGACCCAGGGAAGAGCCGCGUCAACCUGACCAAGACCCGACAGCUGUACGCCAUCCUGCAGGAGCUGGCGCAGGUCCAGAGCACGCCACCCAACAUCGAUGCCAACCCAGAUCUGCUCAACUUGCUCAUGGUGUCUCUCGACCAGUACCACUCAGAGGAGGAGAUCUAUCAGCUCUCUCUGCAGAGAGAACCACGCAGCUUGAAAUUAUCUGCAUCCAUCUCUAAGCCCCAAUCUCCUCUAAUAGAACAGUGGGCGUCUUCCGUCAAACCCAAGGCUGAUCCAGUCAUCAUCAACAAACACAUUGAGAAGAUGGUGGAGUCUGUGUUUAAAAAUUUUGACACGGAUGGCGAUGGCUACGUUUCUCAAAGAGAAUUUGAGACCAUCAGGAAUAACUUUCCCUACCUCAGCAAAUUUGACGAGCUGGACCAAAACCAAGAUGGUAAGAUUAGCCGAGAGGAGAUGAUCGAGUACUUCACCAAAACGAGCUCCGUGCUCAACUAUAAGAUGGGCUUCGUGCACACUUUUGCAGCCAUGAGCUGCAUCAAACCCACAGUGUGUCAGCACUGCUCAGGGAUUAUUUGGGGAUUUCACAAGCAAAGAUACAAAUGCAAAGUAUGUGGGGUUAGCUGUCAUAAAGACUGCCGAAGCAAUUUGGCCCUUGAGUGUCGUAAACGGACAAAAAGUUUCAGCGUUGACUCUCCAGUUCCACUGAUCAGCCGAUCUCUCAGCUUGCCUCCCUCUACUGGACAGCACAGCAAACCUGAGUGCACUGUCAUCAAAGAGGAAAUCCAGGAGAAUCUAGAGGAUGAAGUGUUUGAUGAACACUUUUGAUGAGGAA